UAUAUACUAUCGUGUAACCGACUAGUCAAAACUCAAAAGCACAAAGAUUCAGAAACUAAACAAAAUGGGUAACACUUACUGCGAGUCAUUCAAUAUUCCGGAAUUUAGAAGAUUGUAGAAUGGAAUUUGAAGGCAUAGAUGGGUCCAAAACCCUACUGAAAACCGGUUCAACGAGAGAGUUCGGUAGAGGGCUUGGGUUCACCGCCGACGACCGAACCGUUUCUCGCCGUCAAAUCUCGUUCCAACUCCAAACCUCUUCAGACCAAGAAGAUAAAACUAAGGUUACUUUUCAAGUUAUCGGAAGGAACCCCAUUUGGGUAUACAGCAACAAGGAUGGUAAAGUUAGAACCUUUAGGAAAUUUGAAAAAGGCGAAAUGGAGAAUGGUGACAUGUUCUGUGUAUCGGCCGACAAACCCAUUUGGUUCACCUUGAAAAGAAUUGAUUUUGACGAUGAAGAUCAAAGGGGUGUUAAGAAAGAGAUGGAAAUGGAGAGUCAAUUGGCUGAAAGCCUUCAGAGUAGUUUAUGUCCUGUAGGGGUUGAAUUGGACCUCGAGAAUAUUGAUAUUUCCGGCAUUGACCCUGUUCAAGAGUUUGGUUUUCUGGUGAUGGGGCAUGAAUUUGAUGGUUAUCCCAAGAGAAUGAUUCGGGAGAUAAAGAACUGGGAUUGGUUUAUCGAGGAGGAAGGAGCAGAAAGUGACACUGAUGAGGGUUCUGAUAAAAAAGGCAAAAAGGGUGCAAGGAGAAAACGGAAGAAAAAAGGCGAGGGAGAUGAUGAAGAGUGGACCGGUGAAAGUGAAGAUGAGAAAGAACUGCUCACGAGAUCUAAGAAGCUUCAGGGACCUAAAUACGUGACAAGGUCCAAGGACAAGUCUAAUGCAAAAAAGAAGAAACGUUCUCCACAACAGAAAACUAGACCUUCUGAGGAAGAAUCUGAGGAAGAAGAAGAAGAGGAUGAGGUAGAUGAAACACUGGGGGGUUUCAUUGUAGACGAUGUAGAAGAAGAGGCGGAAGUUGGUGAUGAAGAAGAAGAGGAGGAGGAAUUUGAUGCCGAUGAAGAUGAUGAAGAGUUAGAAGAUUGAUGUUCCUUGCAAAAGGAAGUACACCCUUGAUGGUUUUCGCUAGCAAUUUUAUGUGGUGUACAUUCCUUUGGGGUGCGGCCUUCCCUGGAUCCUGCAUGAACGCAGGAUACUUUGUGCACCGGACUACCCUUUCAUACGCUGUAAAGGAGUGUCAACAUUUGUCAAAUCCUGAAUUCUACUUGUAGUUUUAUUUUUUGUCAUUGUACAUGAAAAAGUAGUUCUUGAAGUAGAAUUUUGUUAGUUCUCUGUACUGAACCGGCUGUUGUUACUACUACACUCUUUUUGAGUCUUUUAAUUGCUGUCCUCUCUUAGAAACUUA